GAGACUUGACGUCAUCUUAAACCCACACGAGGUUUUUCGCAGGAACAUCCAGCACCGCCCAUGGUGGAGCUCCCGUCGGCGAAUCGAUUUCUCCAACCAUCGGUGACGAAGAUCAGAGAAACUCCUGCUGGCCGGCCGUCUGAGUAUCGCGAAAUGCUCAAUUUCUAUCUUUCUUCUUGCAUCAGUCGAGAAUUUAGAAAGGGAACUUACAUAUAUUGGAAAAUUUUCGAUUGCGAUUCAGUUUUUGCCGGCGAACUCGUCUGAAGUUCCUCAGGGCCACCUCUCAAGUGUCAAUGCCUCUCACCUACCCGAGAUAACUCGAAGUUCAAGCCAGGUGAAUAACCCUUACUUUGCUUGGCACUGCUUCUUUGUUCGAAUUUGAGAUUGUGGAGAUGUGAAUUAGAAUAACGAGAGGACGAAAAAGAGGGUCACAUGAAUUGAGUAGAGCAUCUAUAGCCGUAGCCAUUGUUUUUCAUUUUGUAUACAUUGGAUAAAUCUUUAUGGUUCAUCAAGCUACAAGUAAUGGAAGUGCUUUCCUGAGAAAAUUCCAGUGGUAGCAAAUCAUAUUGAUUUAAGGGCUUAUGUUGUGGUCCAUUCCAUGCAUUAUUCUAAUAGUUUCUCUUUACUUCUGAGUAAUUAUGUGGUUAUCUCUGCCAUCCGGAAAAAGAUUUAUCAUAAUAUUUCAAUUAAAGCUUUGCAUUCCUUACGGCAAUAUAAACAAGAGAAACCCAUCAAAUUAUUCAGUAGAAAAUUGAGGAAAGGAGCUAAGGUAGUUGAGAAGGAAGAAGUUGAUCCAAAGCUUUACACGAGAGACACAGUUAGGAAUAUAUAUAACAUUCUGAGAAAUUUCUCUUGGAGUUCUGCUCAAGAACACCUAGAGAGGCUCCCUAUGAGAUGGGAUUCUUAUCUCAUCAACCAGGUUAUGAAAACUCAUCCACCAUUGGAGAAGGCAUGGCUGUUCUUCAAUUGGGCCUGUAGGCUGCGCACCUUCAAGCAUGACCAGUAUACUUACACGACGAUGCUGGAUAUUUUUGGAGAAGCUGGGAGGAUUUCUUCCAUGAAUUAUAUAUUUCAACAGAUGAAGGAGAAGGGGAUAAAGAUAGAUGCAGUUACUUAUACUUCAUUAAUGCACUGGCGUUCGAAGUCAGGGGAUGUUGAUGGGGCUAUAAAGGUCUGGAAAGAAAUGAAAACCAAUGGAUGCUAUCCAACAGUAGUUUCAUAUACUGCUUAUAUAAAAAUUUUGUUGGAUAAUGACCAAGUUAAGGAGGCCACUGAUACAUACAAGGAGAUGCUUCAAUCGGGGCUUUCUCCAAACUGCUGUACUUACACUGUCUUAAUGGAAUACCUCAUUGGAGCUGGUAAAUGCAAAGAAGCCCUUGAUAUUUUCCACAAGAUGCAAGAUGCUGGCGUAUAUCCUGAUAAAGCUGCUUGCAAUAUAUUGAUUCUGAAAUGCUGUAGAUCGGGGGAGAUGCUGGUAAUGACACCAAUCCUUGAGUACAUGAAAGAAAACCGCUUUGUCCUUCGAUACCCUGUGUUUGUUGAAGCACAUCAAACUUUAAAAAGUUGCUCUGUUAGUGAGACCCUACUCAGGCAAGUUAAUCCUCAUAUUGAAACUGAAUCAGUCAGUAAGGAUGAGGUUAUCCAUGUCAUUACAAGUUCUACUAUUAUUCCUUCCAAUGUAGAUCAUGAGCUUAUGGAAAUUCUGUUGAAGAAGGAAAAACUUAUUGCUGUUGACUACCUACUCACUGGGAUGGUAGAUAAGAACAUUCAAUUGGAUUCUGCAAUUAUCUCAACCAUCAUAGAGGUAAAUUGCAAACAUAAUAGGCCCGAUGGGGCUCUGUUGGUUUUCGACCACUGUUUAAAAAGCGGAGUUAACAUGAAGAGAAAUCUUUAUCUUGGCUUGAUAGGGGUUCUGAUCCGGUCAAGUAUAUAUUCAAAGUUGCUGGAAAUUGUUCUGGAAAUGUAUAGGCAAGGGCAUUGUCUUGGACUGUAUCAUGCCACGCUUAUACUUUAUAGACUUGGCAAAGCUGGAAAACCCCAAUAUGCUGUGAAAAUUUUUAAUGUGUUGCCUGAAGAAUUGAAGUGCACUGCAACUUACACUGCUCUGGUCGGUGCUUAUUUCUCUGCUGGAAGUUCUGGUAAAGGGCUUAAAAUUUACGAAACCAUGCGAAAGAAAGGGUUUUCACCGUCUUUGGGCACAUAUAAUGUGCUGUUAACUGGUCUUGAGAAGAGUGGUAGAGUCGUUGAAUUAGAAAUUUACAGAAGGGAGAAGAAGAGUUUCGAGAUUGGUUAUAAUUCUCAUCAUCAUAUAAUACUGGAGGAAGAUAGGAUUUGUGAUCUUCUUUAUGGAGAAAUGAUAUCUUGACUUGUCAAUAAAGAUAUUUUCUGCCUUGAUUCUGGUUGCGGGAUGCUCACUCACUCGUGCUUGUGGCUGCUUACCAACUCAUGCUUGUGACUUUUGCUUUUUCUGAACAUAGAGGAGAGAGAAGGAGAAAGAACCAAAAGUGAAAGAAUCAUCAUAUAAGAGGAAAAUUUUCUCAGUAAUCUCAACUAUAAUUCAGAGGAUGAAAUAUAUAAAGACUACCUGAUGUUGCUUCCCAAUUUGUCAAGGCUGUCUAGAGAAGGGCAUUUCUGACAAGUUUGGCUUUAAGGUUAGAAAGUUUCUUACACACCUAUUGCUUCAUAUAAUUAGAUGAUAAUGCAAAAGAAUUAAACCUCACAUAGUCAGCUAACUUAACCUAGAUGAAAAUUUUAGUUCAUUUCGAACCAUUCAAGGAGAAAGAAAAAGGGUAUUUCAAGACACGUGAAAAUUUUGGUAGAAGAAAUUUGUACCAUAUUACUUGAUGUGAUGGCCUAGUUGACAAAUUUGUAGCUUUUGAAAUCUUUAAAUUACCACGCAACAAAGUGGACCUUAAAUAUGAAGGAAUGGUGAAUAACAAAUAGGUUAGAUUAUAAAUUUGGUUCGUACGGAUUGAGCAUAAUUUCAAUGUGAUCUUCAUGAUUUUGAAAGCUUCAAUUUAGUUCAUAUGAUUUGAGUCUA